AGAAUGAUAUAUUUAACAUAAAAAAUCUAUUGUUGAAUUUGGUUACGUAUAAGGUUGUAGGAAAGAAGUAACAACUGCAUAACACUGGCAUUUCCACACUCUUCAAUCUUAUUAUACAUGGAACACCACAAAUAAAAUGUAUUUUGUCGUAAAUUCACCAAGAUUCUAAGAAAUUCUUAUAAGAACAUGUACUUUUUAACUGUUUGCUAGAGUGUAAUUAUAUAUUUUAUUUAAAAAUGGAUGUAGAGAUAAGCGUGCAGGCAUUACCACUGUUGGGCGUGUGUAAUUUGUGUCUAAAUGAAGGCGCAGUGAAAAGUAUGUUGAUGGGCUACAACCACAAUGGAAACAUCGAAAUUUAUUCUGAAAUGUUAUUCAAAUGCUUUGCUAUAGAUUUGACACAGAUGGAGUUUACGGACACAAAAAGACUCAUAUGCAAGUUAUGUAUUAACAAGUUGCGAGAUUCGGUAACAUUCAGGGAGCAGGUGGAGACAUCACUGCAAACUUUACAGGCUGUCGUGAACACUAACCAAUUAAAUAAAAAUGAAGACGUUAAAAAAGAGUUGAUAAGUGAUACAGAAGUACCAGAAGACGAUUGUAAUGACGCUCUGCAACUUCCGGAUGAUGAGGAUGAUGACGACGAUGACGAUGACAAAACUGCAUUAAAGCUAUUAAUAAAAAAGGAAGACCCUGUCGAUAAGUGUACAAAAAAAACACGAAGAAAAACUACCAAGAAAUUCAUAAAAAUAACAGUGAAAAAAUCAAAUGACUUCGCCGAGACUGAAGCGAUGAUGGAGACUGGCCUGUUUCCAUUUAAAAUGAAAAACAACAGGAUGUUCUCUUGCUCCAUAUGUCCAGAGAAAACGACCAGCCUUGAUAGUUUAAGGAAUCAUACGCGCGACCAUGACAUUUCCAAUCUUCACAUAGCAUUUAAAAAGAUGAUGUUUUCCAAAUCUCAGAGGUUUUACAAAGUGUCUACAAAGUUGCGGUGCAAAAUAUGUACCGUUGACGUAUCAAAUUUCGAUGAACUCCGACAACACAUAGAGAACUGUACCAGAAUUAAAUUCACUAACAGGACGUGGAACACUCUCCCUUUCAAACUAGAAAAAGAUCAGUUAGACUGUCCAGUGUGCAAGAAGACUUUUCUAAAUUACGUAAAUCUAAACACGCACAUGAAUGUUCAUUAUCCCAACUAUAUAUGUGAGAAUUGUGGGAAAGCGUUCGCGUCUAAAGCUCGCUUGCGUGGCCACAUGCGGACGCACGAGGUGGGCACGUUCCCCUGCCGGUACUGCCCCGCCGUCUUCGAUAAAGUCACCAAACGGGAGAAUCACGUCUCGAAAGAGCACAAGGCGGGAGUGAGAUACGCCUGCAAGCGCUGCAACAUAUCUCUCAGCUCGUUCUACGCUCGUCAGAAGCAUCUCGCCGAAGUACAUAACGAGGAGUUGAAGCGAUACAAAUGUAAAGCUUGCCCGCAGAGUUAUAUCACUCCGGGACACUUGUCCAGCCACGUCAGAAGAGACCACCUGAACGAGAGAAACCAUCGUUGCGAUAAAUGCGAUUUGGCGUUUUACACCAAGAACUCCCUGAAGAUGCACAUGAUCAAGCACGAUGGUGAGCGGAUACAUACGUGUCCCGUGUGCCAGAAGUCGUAUCAACGGAAGAAGACGCUCAAGGAACAUCUUAGAAUACACAAUAAUGAUAAAAGAUUCGUGUGUCCCGUUUGCGGACGAGCGUUCACACAAAAAUGUACCCUCAAGAGCCAUCUGAAAGUGCACGAGAGAAAGCUCGAUCUAGACGAUAGAAUCAUACCUCCGUUGCAUUCCAUUUAAAGUGUUGGAAUAGAGGUUAGGUGAAGUCGAGCUGGUUUGUAGGUUUAACAACGAAUUCAUUUACAUACCGAUGUUAUGUCGGGAUAGGCCCUAAUAGAUAAAUUAAAAAUAAAACUAAACUUGUUAUAGUGUAGUUUAGGGAGAAUUAUGUGUUAAAACUGAGUAUGCUCAAGCUCAACAGAACAAUAUUUACUGCCAAAAUGAAUUGUCACCGAUGACGAUCAUCAUUGAUAAAAUGAUCCCAAUAGCACAAAACGCGAGGUGAUCUAGAUUGUAGAAAUGGUUCAUAUUCCAAUCCAUUUUCCUAAAAGCUAGGUGCGCCAUACAUUCAUUCACCCGGGCGGUCUAAGGCCCUGAGAUAGCGGUUAUUUAUCUCGUUUAUGCUUUCAGCAUCGGUUAAAAUUUUCGAAACGUUAAAACGUCUCAUAUCCUGCAUGUGCCAAAUACAAUUAAAAAAUAUUUGUGACAAAAACAAAAAAACAUGAAUAGGUAUUCAAACCCUCCAAUAUUAUAUUAUAUGCCCUAAUUAUAGUGAGUUUCACAAAUUCCUUAGGUACUUUUAUCUAUGGCGUUCUUUGUAACUCUACUAGUGUGUUGAAAAGUGACCAUGUUUAUUUUAUUACAAGAACUGCAAUUACUAUUUGUUCUAAAGCGUGUUGAGGGGAAUAAAACUUCCCUUUUGCUGGUGGUAGGAUAUAUUUUAUAUCCGCCGGGAUAGCAACCACCGUACGCAAGGUGUUAAAACCAGCCAUAGUGGCCCACGUAAGUGUGUCGCGAGCCGGGAUCAGCCUGUGUAUAUCCGGUUCCAACAGGCCGGCAUAAUUGUGUCGACUGUCGAGGGGUAAUCACCUCUCGUCAGUCGACAUUCUGUUGGACCCCAUUCUACUUACCAUCGGGUGCAGUGUGUUCGCUUUGCCGUGCAAGUAUAGAAAAAAAGUAGGGAAUGAUGUUCAGGAGCAUAAGUAUGAUUUUUAAUUUACUUAAUAUUUUAAUGUACACCACAAACCUUGCGCAAACAGCAUGGAUUAUUCAUUCAUUGAUAAUAACUGGAAAACUAAAGCUACACCCAAAUUGGUAAUCAAAAUGCAACCUACUAUUCCAAAGACUACGAACCUCUUAGAUACCUACAAGGUACCUUUUUUCUUCAACGUAAGAUGCUCUGAGAUUCGAGAACUUUACUAUAAUGCUUAGAUCGUCUCGCCUAUCAGAUUCGAUCUGAUCAAAUAACAAGCCAGUCUGCUUACCUUCAUAGGUAGUUCGCACAUAUAAUUGAUUGGUACUUGUACUAAAAGUACAUUUGAAUUUAUAUCAAUAUCAAGGUGUAAUAAGCCCCAAAUGAAUGUAUACGUUUGAUCGUCGACUGUACAUCUCGUAAAGCGACAUUCGAGUAGAAAAGUAAAAAAUGUGCAAUACACGAAAAUACGUCCUAACAUAAAUUUGUAAAUAUAAAUUUUAUUUACUUUUGUCGUGAUAUUAAUUAUAAAAUUAAAUUUAUUAUUAUAAA